AACCUAUUCCUAAGUCUGAUGAAAACGUUGUAUCAUUAUCUCAAGCUGUGAAGGCAAAUUCCUCUAUCGUUAAAGCAGAGGAGAUAUCAGAUAUAUCUAAUGCUACUAUUCUUGAUUGUGAGACUGCAGAAUUUUUAGAGAAUAAACCAAAGAAGACUUUAGACGAGAUGUGGUCUCUAGAUCGACAUCAUAUUGUGGAUUGCUAUGAGAUUCUACCUGAAUUAUUGACUGAGGAUUUUGUCUCAAAAUAUGGGAAUUUUAAUUAUAUGAAAUG